AUGGACUUUGACGAGGUGUACGGAGGUGGAGUUGGCGAAACAUUAACGUUCGUAGAAACCGUAGAUGAUGAUGGAGUUCUACAUGGAGGAACUCAAGAUUCUACAUUCGCCUUCGACCAUCACUUCUCCAUACCGACACAAAGCUCUCAGAUAGCGCAUGGAAAUUUAACUGGAGGUGUUGAAAACAAUGCGGAUUUAACAUUUCAUGACGUUGAGGAAGAUGAGCAACCACAAAUAGAGAAGCUCCCUGAACAUUCAUGCAGAUAUUGUGGGAUUUAUGAGUCGAGCUGUGUUGCUAUGUGUACAGUUUGCAAUCGAUGGUUCUGUAACGGCAAAGGAAGUACAUCCGGCUCGCAUUUGAUUACUCAUUUAGUGCGGUCCCAGCACAAAGAGGUCUGUCUACAUCGCGAAUCGCCGCUCGGAGAAACUCAACUGGAAUGUUAUCAGUGUGCAUCGCGCAAUGUAUUCAUGCUAGGGUUCAUUCCAGCAAAAGCUGAUUCACUAGUGGUAAUAUUAUGCCGACACCCGUGCGCUCAAAUCGCUUCUCAAAAAGAUCCAAAUUGGCAAGGAGAAGAGUGGAAGCCCUUGAUCAAUGAGAGACAGCUGCUGUCGUGGAUAGUAAAUAUCCCAUCCGAGCAGGCUCAGCUAAGAGCGCGUCAUAUUACAGCCGCACAAGCUAGUCGCCUUGAAGAUCUAUGGAAGGAACAUCCUAAGGCGACGGUGGAAGAUCUGGAUCGACCAGGUGUUGACACCGAACCGGAGAGUGUGCUGUUGAGAUACGAAGAUGCGUUCCACUAUCGGCGUAUUUUUGCUCCUCUUGUUCGUGAGGAGGCCGAGUUUGACAGAAAGACAAAAGAGUCACAGACUCAGAGUGUCGGUCAUGUUCGUUGGGAUCAGGGUUUGAACAAAAAACACCUCGCCUUCUUCCAUUUGCCGAAAUUCAUGGAAGGAAGCAUGAAAUUGAUGAUCGGUGACGAGCUACGAUUGAAGCAUAGUCAAACGAUUGAGAGGGAAUGGCAGUGUCUAGGACAAGUUUUCAAGAUUCCCGAUAACCACAGCGAUGAGAUCGGAAUAGAAAUGCGAGCUGCUGCUUCCGAGAAAAUGCCUACAGAUCCGCGUAUCAAUUUUACUUGUGAGGCCGUUUGGAAUUCGACUUCUUUUGAUCGAAUGUAUCAGGCUCUCAACACUUUGGAAAAAGAUCCCCACUGCGUUUCUCAGUACAUCUUUCACAAGCUCAUGGGACAUGAUAUCGACGAGAUUCUCUUCAAGGUCCAACAACCAAAACGCCUGUCGGCGCCUGGGCUUCCUGAAUUGAAUCACAGUCAGAUGCAUGCUGUAAAAACGGUGCUUAUGAGACCGCUCAGUCUUAUCCAAGGACCGCCGGGAACUGGAAAGACAGUGACCUCAGCCACCAUUGUUUAUCAUCUUGUGCAGCAAACUCAAGGACAGGUCUUGGUUUGUUCACCAUCCAAUAUUGCGGUUGAUCAGCUGGCUGAGAAGAUUCACCGAACUGGUCUGAAGGUUGUUCGACUUUACGCGAAGUCUAGAGAAGCCCUCGACACGAACGUUGAGUUUCUAGCGUUGCAUGCUCAAUUGAAAGCGCUCAAGGAGUCUGCUGAGUUACAAAAGCUACAACAGUUGAAGGAAGAAAUCGGUGAACUAUCGGCUGCCGACCAAGAGCGUUACAUCAACCUGAAGAAAAUGAGUGAACAUAAGCUGCUUGCGGCGGCGGACGUGAUUUGUUGUACUUGUUCUUCGGCGGCCGAUGCUCGUUUGUCGAGGAUUAAAAUCAAAUGUGUUCUGGUUGAUGAAUCGACACAAGCAACAGAGCCAGAAGUGCUCGUAUCGAUCGUUAGAGGUGUUCGACAGCUUAUACUGGUGGGGGACCACUGUCAACUUGGACCAGUCAUUUUAUGCAAAAAGGCUUCGAAAGCUGGCCUUUCUCAGUCUCUGUUUGAACGCCUUGUUCUUCUCGGAAACCGACCUAUUAGGCUCCAGGUUCAAUAUCGUAUGCAUCCAGAGUUGUCUUCCUUCCCAAGCAACGUUUUCUACGAGGGCAGUCUGCAAAACGGAGUGACUCAGACCGAACGUCAGCUUCGCGGAGUAGAUUGGGAAUGGCCGGUACCUGGGCGCCCAAUGAUUUUCUGGUCGUGCUAUGGGCAAGAAGAGAUGAGCGCUAGUGGCACAUCAUUCCUGAAUAGGACAGAAGCAGCGAACGUGGAGAAGUUGGCGAGCAAAUUGAUUAGAGGCGGUAUGCGUCCGGAACAGAUCGGCAUAAUCACUCCAUAUGAAGGGCAACGAUCCUACAUUGUACAGUACAUGCAUACACAAGGAACACUCAAUAGCAAGCUGUACGAAAACAUGGAAAUUGCCAAUGUCGAUGCUUUCCAGGGACGCGAAAAGGAUUUGAUCAUCGUUACAUGCGUGCGCUCAAACGAUCACUCUGGAAUUGGCUUCCUGAAUGACCCACGUCGUUUAAAUGUGGCUUUAACUAGAGCUAAAUAUGGCUUGAUCAUUAUCGGUAACGCAAAGGUUCUUGCUCGACAACCUCUCUGGAAUGAUCUUCUGACAACGUUCAGCCAGAAAAAUGUUAUAGUUGAGGGACCUAUCAAUAAUCUCAAAUCUGUUCAAAUUACAUUGCCGAAGCCGAAACCACAGCGGACUAAUCCAGCUUAUCCGACUGAUCGUUAUGGUAUUCAAAGAGCUACCUAUACACUCCGUGAGUAUCGCGGUGGAUACUCAAGGGAUGCACCACCAAUGGAUCCUCAUUCGGCUAUAUCUGCACAGUCAUUGCGUCAUGCUGCUAAUUUGCCUGUACCUCUACAUAUGCUUCAUAUGUUCCCUCCACCACCGUUCCCACAACCGCCGCAGCAACGUAAGUUUAGAACUUCUUAUCCUUUGAUUGGUGUGGAUGCGUACGGUGAUGUAUCGAUGUCGGGAUGGACGCAGUCUCAAUCGCAGAAUGUUGGAGCAUCGAUGGCGAUGCAAUCACAACGACCAGUCACGGCGGUAUCGCAACAGGAUGACUAUCGACAUAUGGCAUUCAGUCAGGAUAUCGAGAACGAUAUGGCGAAUCUGCUGCUCUCGCAAGGACCUUGA